GUUCCUGGUGGGAAAGCUGGAAGAAGCUUAGCUUGGGCGGGAGGAAAAGUUGUUGUUCCAACUUUUCAUCAAAUUUCUGGACAACCUUCUUUACUGCCCGACUUCCAUUUCCUCAAAUUAUUCUGUAGACAUUAUCUAGACAACGACCUGGGAGUAUUUUUGCCGACCCGGAGCAAAGAGACGUUUCUGAAGUGAACAUCUCUCCUUGGUCUUCUUGGGCGUCUUUUCGUUUUCGGGAGGAGCAAGAUUUUGUAGCGCAUCUAAAGUCAAAACUGUGCAAAGUAUGGAAUGUUGAGGGGAAACAACGGCCCCUUGUAACACCCGGGGAUCUGAACUUUUAACGGGAAGCCGUUAUCCUCAGCAAAACCUCCGAAAUGAGCGACUCGGACGACUCGCUGUCGGAGGCGGGGCCGGAGGAGGGGGAGAAACCGUUCGUGGAGCAGAUCGACAUCGAAGAGCUCGAUAUCGAGGAGGUUGUAGGCAGAGGUGCGUUUGGGAUGGUGAGUAAGGCGCGAUGGCGAGACAUGACCGUGGCCGUCAAACUCAUUGAGAGUGAGUCGGAGAGACGAGCCUUCGCAGUGGAGGUACGACAGCUGUCCAGAGUAAGCCAUCCCAACAUUGUCAGACUUCACGGAGCCUGCAUAUCUGAAAGGGUAUGGUGCUUAGUGAUGGAGUAUGCAGAAGGAGGGUCCCUGUACAAUGUUCUCCAUGGCAGUGAAGUGACCCAGCCCAUCUACACAGCAGCUAAUGCCAUGAGCUGGUGUCUCCAGUGUGCCCAGGGUGUGGCUUACCUACACGGCAUGAAACCCAAGGCACUCAUACACAGGGACCUCAAACCUCCCAACCUGUUGUUGAUGGAGGGUGGUACACUACUGAAGAUCUGUGACUUUGGCACGGCCUGCGACAUCCAGACUCACAUGACCAACAACAAGGGCAGUGCAGCCUGGAUGGCUCCCGAGGUGUUUGAAGGUAGCCUGUACAGUGAGAAGUGUGAUGUGUUCAGCUGGGGAAUCAUCCUGUGGGAAGUCAUCACACGGCGGAAACCCUUUGACGAGGUCGGCGGACCAGCCUUCCGGAUCAUGUGGGCCGUGCAUAAUGGCACGAGACCACCACUUGUGAAGGGACUACCUAAACCUAUAGAAAACCUCAUGACAAGAUGUUGGAGUAAAGACCCGAAUCAGAGACCAGCUAUGGAGGAGGUGGUACGAAUCAUGGCUCACCUUAUGCAGUUCUUCCCAGGUGAGGAUGAGCCUAUCAUCUACCCAUCCAAGGAAGGAACGCCACAGAUGCAGAGCAGGUCGUCCAGUAUCAAUAGUAUUAUUGACGUGUUGCCGCCGGAGAGGGCAGGAGUGUCGGAGUCUCGCACCAGCACGCUGAGCGACACGGUGUGGCGAUCAGAACACACCUCCCCCAUCACACCCUCCACCAUCAGGGCCGCACCACAGCAGGAUAGCCCAAUGAGAAGCCACCCUUCCUCCAAGAAUGCCAGUAGAGAGAAUCUGGACUCCAUCGAGGGUCGGCGCAGCUCGAACCCUACCGUGGAGACCAAACGGUUGUCAGCUGACCUUGGAGUUCUGAUGGAGAAGGGAGGGCCGGAUGUGCCCAGUGCCCGACCUGCAUGGCAAACUCACCGGCGCGUGAGAUCCCACGGAACCAUACUUGACAUGAUAGUUCCGCAAGGAUCGCCCGGGCAACCGUCGGCGAAACCUGCAGUUCAAGGUCAGCCUGAGGGGCUCCAUCGAGCAUCAUCCCAAGGUCACCUCCAGCCAGCCGCGAUGGACAAAGAACGCCAGUCUCCUAGCAACAGUAACCAGGGACGACCGCUCCACGGAGCCAGCCCCGCCUGGCACGAGGGGAACAACCAGGGGCCGCUGCCUGUUAGGAGUGUGUCGUGGACAGCAGACGCCACCCCCAGCAAAGGUGCGCCAAAUGACAGCUCCCUGCCCAUAGCUUACCUGACACUGGAACAUCACCUGCAGCCCCUGGCUCCUUGCAACACAUCUAAAGAGUCCAUGGCCAUCUUUCAGCAACAUUGUGAAAUGGCGGAGGACUACCUGCGAGUUCAGACAGAGCUGGCCCUGCUGCUGCAGCGGAGAGAGGAGCUGGUUAAGGAGCUGGAUGCUGAUGAGAAGGAGCAGGUGAACAGCGCCAGGCUCAUCGAGGAGCACCAGAGCCUCAUCAAGGAAAACGAGAGUCUGCAGGCGUUCCACCGGAAGUGUAAGAACCAGCUGGACAUGAUCCGGGCCCAGCUACAGAAACGACAUGCUGCAGCCAAGUAACGGACACAACCCACAGGUUUUACUACUGCUGCAAGUUGUUGGUUCUGUUUGUUUGUUUGUUUGUUCGUUCAGUCACAUUCAAAGACGAAGACCUACUAGUAGAUACUUAUAAGGCUAGAAGUACAAGUUCUGAAUCAAUCAUGUUAAUGAUCAAUCAAUGAUCCUGCAGUGAAAUCUGUAUGGCUGCCUGGCAGCUUUGUGAAGCGUCAGGAAAGUUCUUAAACUGCCAGUUUAAACAUAAGUAGUAAACAAAACAAUGGAGGCAGAGCAUCAUAGCUGCUGCCCUCAGUAUAUAUUAACUUUCACGGGAUGUUGUUGUAUGUACACAUGUAUAUGAAGGCUCAUGUAUCUGGCUGAGAUGGCAGUCUGCAUAGUUUGUGGGCUCGUUUUUGCUUGUAAAUAGAUGUAUCAGCUGUACUGUCAGCAAUAUGUAAAUAUAAAAGAUCCUUAGAACUUUGUCUCCCUGAAGAAGAAGAUUUAGUAUCUUUUAAUUGUUUAAAAACACCUCAAGUUUCAUCUGAUGAAGUUACAGUUUCGUUUUGACACUGACCCAAGGGUUUAGUUUUUAUUUUUCUUAAACUAUGAUAUGAAGCAAAACUUUCAACUUUUAGUCUUGAAAUCAAGCAAUCGAGUUAACUUGAUAUAAUUUAGGUAUUUGGGACAUUUUAAUCAAAACUGAAAUGAUGUCAUAUUAUCAAAUCUGAUUCAAUAUUUCUAAAGUCAUAGAUCAUCUGAGGCAUUUGUUGGGCCAUGUGUAGCAGCAAGGAAUGUGAUUUUAACGUCUGGGACAAGUUAUCUGGUACAAAAUGCACUGCAGUCUUCCUUAACAUUGUCACAGCCUUGCAUGCAUUACUGAAUAAUGUUUUUAAGAUACUGCAGAAUAACCUUUGCAGAGCUGCUGAUUUUAUGACAGUUGCAUGAGGUUUAAAAUCAAGAUGGUUUCAUCCUAACUAUUUUUUCUGGGGAAAAAUUAAU